ACACCAUUGAAGGAUAACGAUAGCACCGCUAACUCUGGGGCUCCAAUCCCUGACACCUUGCUUACAGCGAAAGCACCCCCCACCACAACAACGGCGGCGGCAGGGUAGGCAGGGGUGCACGUGAGAGGGUCACAGUGGUGGAAGCUCGCAUGCAGGCAGCCACUGCACGAGUGAGAGCUCAGCACAGCUCAGCCAGCGAGUGACUGUUACGCAAGAGCUCAGUCGGCCCAGCUGGAGAUGAGAGAGCAAGUUAGAGAGAGGGAGGGAGAGAGAGAGACAGAGAGAGAGAGAGAGAGAGAGAGAGAGAGAGAAAGAGGGAGUAGCAAACAGCACAGGAGACAAACGCUGACUUUCUUUCUCUGCUUUACAGCCAGCAUCAUGAACGGGAUUUUCUGAAGAGUACCCGAAGCAAAAGGAUCCAAGAAGUGAUGGAGUCAACACAUGUGACCUUGGCGCUGUGAACUUCUCUGCUCAUCCUCUCACAUUCAUCACUUGUCCCCAUGGUUUCAAACGUUGGAACCGCUUCCCAAAGCCCUCGCGUUUGGGUGCUGCUGAAGCCUUUACUAUGCGUGCUGGUACUGACCCUAGGCUCAGCGCUAAGCCUGGAGGACUUGCAGAACGCCACCACCGCCGCCGUGACCCCGCCGCCGCCCCCGGACGAGUGGACCGGCACCCUGGUCCGCCUGCAGCCCAACCUGCAGACGGAGGGCCGAGCAACAACAGUGGAGGUGCAGACAGAGUUGGAGACGCAAACUCCAACCAGAAACUACACAGGUCUGUCCUGUAUGCCCGUCCUGCCUCCACGUCGGGGCUCCUUCUACGUGGAGAGCGGCACCGGGGUGUCGGUGGGCAGCGCGUUGGCCUUCUGGUGCCGCGGGGGCUACCAGUUGGUGGGCCACGACAAGAUCUACUGCAAUGUCCACAAUGGGAAAGCGCAGUGGAGCAACUACUUGCCCGUGUGUGAGGCAAUCCCCAGGCCAGAGGACCGCGGGUUGAGAGUGGCCGUGUUGGCGUCGGUGGUGAGCGGCGUCGUCAUCCUCGCCAUGUCGCUGUCCUUCCUCGUCUGCUGCCUGCAAGAACAAUCCAGCAAGAAAAAAGCCAAAAAAGACGUUCGGACCAGACGCAGGGGAAAGCGUUCAGCCCGUUGCAGUGAGCGAUGGCUGGACAGAGAAGACGGCGAAUGGGAGGCUUUCCCUCCUCCCAAGAUCUUCCACCUGUCCCAGAGGAUGAACCCUCGUCUAGCACCAGACAGUCCGCUCUACCUGACCGGAGGCCUCGGCGGAUACGAGAACAGAGGAUAUCAGAGGAGUCAGGAGAGUCUUCUAAAGACCGGCCCUCCUGGGGUCUACCGCUCCGAGUCCCAGCUCUACCCGCAUGUGGUCCUCCAGAGGGUCCUGCCCCCGACAGCUCCCUCGGCACCAUCCGCCCCAUCCGCCCCCUCGGCCCCGCUCUACCUCCACCUCCCUGCCUCGUCCUCAUCCUCUAUGCCGGCCCACACGACCGCCCACUCCCAAGCUCACCUCAUGGGCCAGUACCCCACGCCGACGUACCCGCCCAAUCCAAACACAUCAGUGCCGCCGUUCCACCGGCCCGUCCCGGCACCAAUUUACCCCAACCCGAACCCGAGGCCGCAGCAGCCGUGGCAGUGAGCUUGUUCCUCGAGGCCGAGGCUAACCGAGUCGAAGGAGGGACAUGCUCCACAUGUGAGCAGACGAGUAGCUACAGCUAAUGUGGACACCCCAACUUUUCCUUUUAGUGCAUGCAAGCUGGACUUGUCCUCCACUUGGAGUCAACAGGAAGUCAAACAGGGUUUUGUUUCCUGAGCAGAAGAACCAAGACUGCAGACGCCAGUCAGUAGGCAGCUCAAGUCUCUUCUAACCUCCAAAGAGGAGCAUGGAUUUUUCCAUUCGUUCGUGUGAGUCUUCCUCUUUAACCUUUUUAAUAUUUGACACUGGUUUAGGUCCAUGUAUUCCUCUUAACCAGGGGGUGUCAAAUUUGUUUUCAUUGCGGGCCACAUCGUUGUUACAGAUGGUUAUCAUCACAUAAAUGUAUACCCGUAAUCGCCAAAAACUGGCUCGGUUCACAUUGUCUACUGUAAAUCAACUCAACUCACUCUAAUUUAUAGAGCACUUUAAAAACAACUGCAGCUCAAAUUAAGUGCUGUACAUAAAUGCAAAUCGAACCAGAGAUAAUUUAGAAACAAUAACACAGUGCACAGGCAGCCAGUGGAGGAAGAGGAGCUAUGUGCUCCCUCUUAUGUGUUCCCGUUUAGAGGUGAGUGAAUAAGUUAGGGAACAAAAAGCAAAACAAACUGCUUAUGUUUUGCCAAGAUCCCCAAAAAUAAUAUACGCCCGUUAAUUCAGGAUGUCGGCACAAGUUGUGGGAUUAGUUCAUCGGAUCUUGGAACAACUGAGACGAAAUGAAGUGCACCAAUUGUCUAAAUAUGGCUCAUAAUAACUACUAUAAGAAAAACAACAAUUGAGCUGCUUAUGUUCUAUGCAAACAGGAUUUAAUGACAUUUAAAUUCAAACAUUCUCUUCUUUUCUACACAUACUACUAACAAGAUAUUUAUGUUAUUUUUCUACUACUGUGAUGAGUUAACUGACGAGGAGCAAUUUUGUGAAUCUGUACAAAAUGUAAAAACUGAUGAACUUGCUUUGAGACACUGUAAAUGUGCUGCUCUUUCCUGAACGCACUGGAAAUUGCGCUGAUUAGGGAGAUAAAGCAGGAAUGGAUAAUUAAUAUUGCUUUCCUUUUGUUUAGUUCAUGAUUUCCUUCCUUGUAUCAUAGACUUUAUGAAAAGAAAAAUCUACUGUUGCUUUAGUCACUUUUAUCUGUGGGGCUUUUUAUUUUGUAAUAAUAGCACUAAAGUAGCCACACUAUGAAAUUUGCACUUUUGGGGGGGAUUUGUUUUAUGUUUUUGACUAAAUGUGAUUAAUUUUAACAUCUUUAUGAUAAUGUGAGUGUGCAAUAAAAGUGGAGUGAGUUUUCUUGA